ACCCUUUGGGCAGGUAAAAUUCUAGCCCCACCCCCUGUGAUCCAACAGAGGCCCUGGAGAUCAAAGUUCUAUGUGUCCUGGGACUUCCCUCUCAUCCCAGUCCCUGAUCAGGGGAAGAGGACAGCCCAGCCUUGGCAAGAAUGGAUAAGCAUGGAGUGAAGACUCCCUUGUGGAAGAAGGAACUGGUAGAGCCGCAGGCCAGAGAGGCUGCGGCGGCGGAGGAAGAGGAGGAGGGGUUGGAGGAAGAGGAGGACGACGACGAGGAGGAGAGGCCGCGGGAGCAGACGGCGGCCGAGGGCGAGGCGCAGUGCCGGGAGGCGGAGGGCGGCGAGGGUCGCGAGCGGGACUCCGUGUCCUACUGCCCGCUGCGCCAGGAGUCCAGCACCCAGCAGGUGGCGCUGCUGCGGCGCACGGACAGCGGCUUCUGGGGCUGGCUCAGCCCCUUCGUGCUGCUCGGCGGCCUGGCGGCUCCGGCGGACAGGUGAGGGCGCGCCCUGGCCGGGGCGGGCCGCACGCGCGAGGCCGCGGUGGGCGGGGACCGCGCGGGGCACUGAGCGUCCCGGGCCCCGCGCAGGAAGCGGAGCCUCCCCGAGCCGCCGUGCGUGCUGGAGACACGGCGCCGGCCGCCGCGCGCCGGGGGCUGUGCGCGCUGCGAGAUCCUUUUCUGCAAGAAGUGCAGGAACCUGCACAGCCACCCGGCCUACGUGGCUCACUGCCUUCUGGAACACCCGGAUCUGCGUGAGGCGCGGGCUUCGGGGGGUGCGGGGGCCGCCGGGGGCCCCUGAGCGCCCCCACUGCCAGCCUUUGUGCCCUCCGUCCUCGCCUGACCCCAGCCUCCCCGCCACCUUCUCCUCUCCUCUGACGCGGGGCGUUCUCCAGCACAUUCCGCAGAACAGCCCCUUCCCAGAGCCGCCCUGCCCGGAGCGCCUCCUCUGAGCCGGCAAGUGGGCCCACCUGUCACCGAGCGUCCACCCAAGGCUGAGCCCAGUAUCACCGGGAGCUCCAUGCCUCCGUUAGCGCCUCCCGAGGGCUUCCGCCCCGGGGGGCACACAGUGCCUACCGCCCACCUGACUCACGUCCCCUGGCACAGCCUCACAUUCAUCUCUUGGGUAUUUCAGGUCCGUCUGACCCAGUGGGCAGAGGCAUUGCCUCGAGAAACUAACCCCUGGGUUCCCUCACCGCUGAGAAACCUGCCCCUGCCCCUCAUUCAAUAAAGCCUCUAAUCAAA